AUGCCGCACCUCGCCCACGUCUCCGUCGUCGUCCGCGACUACGACGAGGCCUUGGCUUUCUACAUUGACAAGCUCGGCUUCACCCUCGUCGAGGACCGGCCGGUGCCCGAGCAGAACAAGCGCUGGGUCACGGUCGCCCCGCCCGACGCACCCCCCGGCGCCACGACCGUCCUCCUCGCGCGCGCCUCCUCGCCGGACCAGCUCGCCGCCGUCGGGCGGCAGACCGGCGACGACCGCGUGUUCCUGUUCCUCGCGACGGAUGACUUCCAGCGCGACCACGACAGGCUGACGGCCGCGGGGGUCGAGUGGGCGCGGCCCGUUGCGGUCAACGACUACGGCACGGUGGCGGUCUUCAAGGACCUGUACGGAAACUUGUGGGAUCUGAUAGAGUACGCCAAGGCAUAA